AUGGGAAAUAAGGUCGUUGUGAAAGGUGGAACUUCCAAAGAUUUAACGGCAGAUGAACUCGUUUUUCUGAAAAAAAGCUCAAAACUUAGUGAAAAAGAAAUUAAAGAUUUGCAUGAAGCAUUCUGGAAUGAGUUUCCAGCUGGACGAAUGGAUAAAAAAGGAUUUGUAAAAUAUUAUCAAGAAAUUAAAGACGAAGCAGAUACAACUGGCAUUCUCUGCGAUCAUGUCUUUGCUGUAUUUGAUCAAAAUCAUGAUGAUACUAUUGAUUUUCGUGAAUUUUUAUUAGCUGUAGCAGCUGGAACACCCGGAGAUCUUGAUAGUCAUUUAGAUUAUGUUUUUGAAAUGUGCGAUGUUUCAGGUGACGGACAUUUAGAUGCAGAGGAAUUGGCAAAUUUUCUUUCUGCUUCAUUAACUAUCGUUGGUAAAACUGAUCAAAGAGAUGAGUUGGAUCCCAAAAGAUUAGCUGCUGAUGUUUUUCGAACACUUGGUAUUAGUGAAGAUAAAAAAUUGACAAAAGAUCAAUUUGUUAAUGGAUGCAAAAAUUCGUCGAAUCUUCGUGUAUUAUUCGGCGGUGGAAACUGA